AAAAAAAAUUGCCAAUGCUGUGAUUGACCAUUUCUAACUAUAAAAAUAGUAUUAUUAUGAUUCAAACUAAUACAUCCUCAAUAUUAAAGAAAAACUCAGCAGUUUGAAUAGUAUUAACCAGGAAAUGAUCUGAUAGUAAAAAACAGUACACCAAAAGUUUUGAAAGAGACAUAAUUAUGGAAGUACAAUUUAUUUUAGCCACAGUGGUAGUGGUGGGGGGACUUUAUGAGGUUAGGAUGUUUGAGUCAAGACCAAAUGCAAAAGGGAGCAAACUGAAGGAAGAGUCCUCAGGCAUAGGAGUAUGGCAUGUGUAAAGGCCCUGGGGUGAGAACAAGCUCAGAGUGCCCCAAAGGAGCGCCUCUGAACAACUAAGCAGUGUCAACCAUGGGCACCCUUACGGGGCAGGAGAAGGGGUUGGGGGCCUCUGGACACUUAUGCAUUUGCAGGAUGUUUGGCCAUGACACUCAUGUUGCUCUGAAGCCCAGGCUGCCAGGUCCAGCCCAGAUGAGUUGGCCUUGGAGACAGAAUAACUUUUAUGGGGUGACCUGAGGGGUGUCAGGAAAGCCCCAUGUGUCUUCCCUGCUGCUUGGUCUGAUGUUCAUCUCUUUUCACCUCAAAGGCUGACAUGUGCUAGGGAAAUUGCUGUGUCUGGGGACAGUGAGGGGGCAGUGAGGGGCUCAAUUAUCUCCCUAAAUCUGACUUGCAAUACUUGAGAGGAAGGGGACAGGGUGGCUGUGGGCCAGAGAGACUGCUAUCUCAUGACUACCAUGUAGGCUGGUGCCAUCUCCUGUUUGGCAGCAGAGAGGCCUAGUGACCAGUUCAGGAGGGCUUCUUCAAGUGGGUGAGAGGACCUAGGCCCCAGCACCCAACUCCUCACACUCCCUGGGCCAAACACCCCUCAUGGUCUGCUGGGCAAGCUAAGCACAGAGCCCUGUGGACAAGUCUAGCUUCCCCACCUGGCACCAGCCUUCCCCUGCAGGGCUAAGCCCUCCAAGGACACAGAUCAGCCUUUCCUUCAGUUCUAGUCAGGAGACUGUGAGGAGGGCCAACUCCACCCCGCACACAGCUUCUGGAGCUUCAGCCCUCAUCUGCUCAUGGUCCCACCAUGUCUGCCUCAUGCACAUAGCAACAGUGCCACCCUCGUUGCCCAUGGAGCUCUCCAAGGCUUUGUCUUUGGUUUCUAGAAUUCAGAAUGUCUCAGGGACAUUGUCUCUUGAGGGACAACAAGAGGCAUCUAAUCUGACUUUAUCUAAUGCUUUAAUCUCUGCCUCUCCGCUUGCCUACCCCUAGGGUUAGGGAGCUCACUCUCUGCACACGCAGCCUUUGAGGACAUGCUGCUGCCUCUGACUGAUGGCCUGGUCAGGCCUACAAAGCUCCAAGUAUCCUGAACCAUGCACAGGGACUCUGGGCUGAGCAGGCCUCUGCUGGAAGGGUCUGCUGUGAUCUUUCAGAACAGAGUUCAUCACUGAUGAGGAAACUACCAGAUAGGAGCUCAGCUUGAGGAAGGGAGCUUGUUGGUGAAGGGGAGGAAAAGCCAUCUCUGGUUAGCCCCUUUCCUCUCUUCAGGAGAUGGCCAAAGGCCAGGGUCACAUAGGACAAAAAUAAGCCUCAGAACGUCCUGUGCAAGGAGCUAGGAGGGACAGGCCCAGGCUGGCUCAGUGGCACCUGGGCCCAUUGGCAUUCUUAGUCCCUGUCCUAGGAAGGUCUGCUUCUGGACUCUGUGUGGGGUCCAACUCAGGACACAACCAUGCAGAGCCCUGAUGGGCCCUACCCAGCACACUCCUAAGACCCAACUUACAAGAAACUUCUUAAUGCUUUUUGCCUCUAGACCCAACUGUGUAGCCAACAUUUCCUGCCUGAGGGGCCACCCCCAACGUUUGGUCAAAUAUUUUAAAAUUUCCAUUCCAUUCUGUGCAGGAAAGUUGCUAUGCUGCAAGUCAGAUCUGUAGUCAGGCUCAUAGCCUCUAAGUGGUGCAUGUUGCCUCCUGCCCCAAACACACAGGACACAGAAUUACCUGCUGCGCAAUAGCACGUGCCUAUUGUGUACGUGGGCAACAUGGAGACACCCUGCUGGCUGCAGGCCCAGCAGUGGCAGGAAGCAGGCCUGCACAUGGCCCUGGCACCGGCCGGCCCUCUACUUGGUAUCAAACUGACCCUCCUGGGAACAGAGGCCUGGAAGGAAUGGCUGUGUGGGGUCUACCUUGUUGGAGGUGGAGGAAUGUGUCACUCAGUCUGGGGGUGUUGCAGACCCCUGCCUCGAAUAACCUCCCUCUUGCACCCUCUGGGCCCUUUCUGCAGCCCUGUGUAGGGGCAGGGGCUCAGCUUCCUCCCACAGAUUCAGGCAGACACUUGCCUCAGAUGGACAGGGAAGGGGGGGAAGAGACCUGUCAGACGACUCCUGCAUAAAUUCUACCAGGGAUCAGAGCCAGGCCUGGAGCUACUGAUGUAGCUUAGAUCUGGCUCGUGAGCCCUUGGGUGUUCACUAUGUGAUGUGUGUGUUUGACGUAUCUGACAGUAAACGUGAGGCCUGAGAGAGAGGCAGAGACUGUGCAGCAAGCACCUUGGAGUAUGGCAAGGGAACGCAGCAAGGGAAGGGAGGAAGUAGGCCGAGAGCCAGCAGGCUGGGGUUCAAGCCUCAGCCCAACAGUAACUAGCCGUGAGAUCCCAAGCAAGUCACUUCCCUCUGACUCAGUUCUUUCUAUAAAAUGGGGAGAGUAAUAGCUCCCACCCCUCCAGGUUGCCUGGGAAAGGUGGCAUCACUUAGAACAGAAUCUGGCACCCAAGUGGCAUUCUCCCAGGCUCAUGGUGGCCCUGGGCACUUGUGCAAUUUGGCUGUAAUCCUGGGUUACCAGUGGACGGGUCAAUGAGAUGCCCUUUGAGAGCCUUUCAGGUUAAUGAGAUCCCACAAGCCCUCUGUAAACACCCAAACAGAUGGGCACUGGCACUCACGACACUGCCCACAGAGCACCAUGGCCUGGGUGGCUGGCGCAGCUAAUGGCUCUCUGGGUUUCUCCUAAAAUCAGACAUGCCAAAGCAAGACACUGUCACAGCCAGGAGCAGCUCUGCACCCUGACUGGGCUCAGUGGGGCUAGCUGGCACCAGACACCUACUGUGUCCAGCAGCAACCACGCACUCCUGGUUACUAGUCAACCUGGUUUUCUGCUGAGCACCCCCGCCCAGGCCUCAUGGGUCAUUUACUCCUGUGUUUACCAGGCCUUGGGCUCCUAGGAGUUUGCACUUGAUCAUCCAGUCACAAAACCCGAAUCUCCGUCCUCCAGAAUGGUGUGCUCCCUGAGCCUUCAAGGGCUCACUCUGGCUUUGAGUGCCAGCCCCCUCAACUAUGAAAACGAGGAUGUAAACGCCCAAGAUGCUGGGGCAGAGGGGUGGGGACCCUGGCCUAGGCCUGGCCAAAGAGGACCCUUUAGGAGCUGGCAACAGGAAAAGGAUGGGGGCGGCCCCGUGGCUGCAGAGCCCACCACGGCACAGAGCAUUUCUGGUUGAAAGAAAGGAGCAGGCUGAAGCCUGCAUAAGAGCACAGGGGUGGGAGAAUACUCCUGCUGGAAGCCCCAAGGCCUGUGCCCGGUCCCUCCAGGUCCUGCCUGCAGCCCUUCGCCUGCAACCCUACGCGCUGCGCUGGGGCGGAGCGUCUGCUGCCCUCUGGCGGCCGGAGCGCGGCCGGGCAGUGGCUUACCGGGAACUAGCGCCGGCCUGGGGGCGCCAGCGGCUGGAGGCCGGGGCGGGCUCUGUGCGGAGGUCUGGCAGAGAUACGGUCCUCUCAAUCUCCCAGCAAACGGCACUGCCGUUAUUGGAUUACUAUGGUUAUUCUCUGGGGACACAGAGAAACAAAGUGAAGUAAGUGUAGGUGCGGGCGUGUUGCGAGAACGGGGGUCUUUGCCCGAAGUCACAGAGGAUCAGAGGCACAGCCCAGACCAGAACUCUGACGCCCCUGCGGCCGCUGAGCUGGGUGCAGAGGGAAAGCGAAGUUGGCGCUUAGUGUCGACCCGACCCUGGAUUCCGCGUCCGGCGGGUGCCGAGAGGCGGACGUGGGGGCGGGGCGGGGCGGGGCCAGGGGCGUGACGCAUGGUGGGGCGGGGCGGGAACGCCGCGCAGGCUGAAUAUAAGCGCGGCAGCCGGGCAGACCUACCGGAGUUAGUGGUCUGUGUGCGGAGGUCGGUGUUCCGGAGCCUGAAUAGAGCACAGCUGGCGCAGAUCCCUCCGGCUGCUCACUCGCGUGCCCUCCGCACUUCUUUCGGUCCGGCGUUCACCCCCGCGGCCCCUCUGCCCAAUGAAACUGUCUGCGAUGAUCAAGAAGAUGUGCCCGAGUGACUCGGAGCUGAGCAUCCCGGCCAAGAACUGCUACCGCAUGGUCAUCCUCGGCUCGUCCAAGGUGGGUAAGACCGCCAUCGUGUCGCGCUUUCUCACGGGCCGCUUCGAGGACGCCUACACGCCCACCAUCGAGGACUUCCACCGUAAGUUAUACUCCAUCCGCGGCGAGGUCUACCAGCUCGACAUCCUGGACACGUCGGGCAACCACCCAUUCCCCGCCAUGCGGCGCCUCUCCAUCCUCACAGGUGAGCGGGAUGGGAGAUCGAGCCUUACUAUCGUGGGAGGGCGGGAGUUUUGCCUUUGGCGUCUGGAGAGGCCCGCGCCCCGCGCGCCCCACGCGGCAGCUGGAGCCCCGGCGGCCCCAGAGUCAACCCGGCUUGUCCGCCAGGCAGCCUCCCUCACCCAUUCCUUUUUUGCUCCCUAUGCCCCUGCAGGAGACGUUUUCAUCCUGGUGUUCAGCCUGGACAACCGCGACUCCUUCGAGGAGGUGCAGAGGCUCAAGCAGCAGAUCCUCGACACCAAGUCUUGCCUUAAGAACAAAACCAAGGAGGACGUGGACGUGCCCCUGGUCAUUUGCGGCAAUAAGGGUGACCGGGACUUCUACCGCGAGGUGGAGCAGCGCGAGAUCGAGCAGCUGGUGGGCGAUGACCCCCAGCGCUGCGCAUACUUUGAGAUCUCAGCUAAGAAGAACAGCAGCCUGGACCAGAUGUUCCGCGCGCUCUUUGCCAUGGCCAAGCUGCCGAGCGAGAUGAGCCCCGACCUGCACCGCAAGGUCUCGGUGCAGUACUGCGACGUGCUGCACAAGAAGGCGCUGCGGAACAAGAAGCUGCUGCGGGCUGGCAGCAGCUGCGGUGGCGGACGCGACCUGGGAGACGCCUUUGGCAUUGUGGCGCCCUUUGCGCGCAGGCCCAGCGUGCACAGCGACCUCCUGUACAUCCGUGAAAAGGCCCAGGGUGGCUCCCAGGCCAAGGACAAGGAGCGCUGCGUCAUCAGCUAGGAGCCGCUGCCGCGCUGGCGACACAGUCUGACGACCUUUUCUGUUUAAAAGUCAAGUCCGUCCGCCAGUCCUAUGUGCCCCGGUCCGCGCAGCGAGCGCAUGCAUCUUCCCUCCCAGCGACCCGGGGAAGCGCCACCGAAUGGACAAGCGACAGUCAUCUGCUCUGGAAGGAAAGAAAACUGGCUAGGACUGGGUCUCCUCCCCAUCUCCCCCAUCGGUGCCCACCACCUCCGCGACUUGGGGGGCAAAGGCUCAGCAAAGCGUGGACUUAUUUCUCGCGAAAACCUAAGCAUGAGAGUAGGAAGGGACCCUAUGGAGUGGAUUAGCCACUGCUAGGCUUCAAGAAACUGUCCUGCUUGAGGGUCAGGACAGCUGGGCAUUAUCUCAUCUGUGAUUCUGGGUUGCCAUGAUAGCUGGCAAGCCCUUACCCUCCGGAAACUAAAGGGGGUGUGGGUCAAAUCAUACCAAGUGACUUGUUUACAUGUGUGUGAGUGAAAUUGCAUAAAGGGAAACAAAACAUAAAACCUGCACUUUAAUAGUAGUUCUGGUGUCAACGUGGACAUGAACAAAAUCUUUUCCAGGUGUUUAUACUGUUUGUGUGUGUGUGUGAGGUCUUUAAAGUUAUUGUUGGUUUUUUAAAAUAAAAUAAUUUAAA